UCGUUGCCAUCCUGUUGGAUGACAUGAAAUAAGAGCGACUGCUGGAUAUCUUCUACUUCGACAGUUCGGUUAUGAUGUGAGGACCAAAAGGGCCGAUAAUGGGAGCCUCUGUGGGGAAGGAAUCAACACGUAGUUUCUAAGGCUCCCGUAUGUUUCCAGCCAUAAUCCUUCAAACCAGCUGUCACUGUUCAGACAUGAGGAUUUAAGUUAAGUCAGCGUGGACCAAUCCGUAAAAUGCGCCAUCGCUUCGACGACCGACACCAUUGAUAAGAAGCUUCUACUCAUCAACUGUCAGUUUAUCAAUCGUGCAACAUGCGUCCUUCCCUCGCUACAGCGGUCCUUCCGCCCAGGACCCGUUCCCACAAUCCACCCAACCUCGCAGUGGGGGGCCGUGAACAUCUGUCUGCUCCACGAAGGCGCAGCCCCCACCUCCGGCACACCCUCAGCCCGGAGAACCUGCGAACCUUGGCAGAGAGGGGCGGGGCUUCCGUCGAUACUGUCUCUGUUGUCAGCAGUCCUAUUGGGCUUCCGCGGGCCAACAGUGACACAGAUCUGGUGACCUCCCAAAGCCGGUCUUCGCUAACAGCAUCCACUCUGGAGUACACGUUGAACCGGGGCCAGAACCUCGUCAUAUCCUGGGACAUCAAGGAAGAAGUGGAUGCUACCGACUGGAUCGGGCUGUACCACAUUGAUGAAACUAGUCCGUCCAACGUGUGGGACUGUAAGAACCGAGGGGUGAAUGGCACCCAGAAGGGUCAGAUCGUUUGGAGGUUGGAGCCCGGGCCCUACUUUAUGGAGCCCGAGACCAAGAUCUGUUUCAAGUACUACCAUGGAGUGAGCGGAGCCCUGAGAGCCACGACCCCCUGCAUCACCGUGAAGAACCCCGCAGUCCUGGUGGAGGGGCUUUCAGAGCAGGUGGGCGUUGAACAUCCACGCAAACUGAUCAGCUUUACUUUGACAGAUCUGCGAGCCACAGGCUUAAAGAAAGGCAUGUUUUUCAAUCCGGACCCGUACCUGAAGAUGUCCAUCCACCCAGGGAAAAGAAGCGUCUUCCCCAUCUUCAGCCACCACGGACAGGAACGACGAUCAGCCAUCAUCGCUAACACCACCAACCCUGUUUGGCAUGGAGAGAAAUACACAUUUGUAGCACUAAUGACGGACAUCCUGUACAUCGAGGUGAAGGACAAGUUUGCAAAAAGUCGACCGAUCAUCAAACGCUUCCUCGGUCAGCUCACUAUCCCUGUCCAGCGGCUUAUUGAAAAAAUACCAGGAGUCCAGCCCGUGAGUUUCCCCCUGUGUCGGCGCCUUCCCACUGAACACGUAAGCGGCCAGUUGCAGUUCAAAGUGGAGCUCACCUCGACCGGGCCGGAUGGUGCCUCUCCUGAUUCUAUCAUUGGCAUGUCGUCAUUGAAUGGAGCUCCAGGGACUCCAUCCGAUGAUGAGGACCUGCCCCAUCAUCUUCCAGGAGUGGUCUCUGGAGGACCUUCUCCUACUGGCUCUCAAAGCAUGUGGGAAGGUGGCGCCAUGGCCUUCCCAGAGAAGGACCUGUCUCUUGUUGGAGCAGAGGGUAGAUUUCUCGGGGCUGAAAGCCUAUCAGGCCAUCAAAUGCUUCAGAGGUCGCUCAUUGAGGGCCUGGAUGCUAUUGAGGCCCCCAAAGGCCCCGGUGAAAGACCCCUGGGUGCGGCCUCCCCUAAACUGCGCUCCAGUUUCCCCACACACACAAGGCUCAGCGCCAUGUUGCACAUCGAUUCAGACGAGGACGAGGACAGGUCUGGGGCCAAUGACAUCACUCCGGUGCCGCUGUCACCGCUGCUGAUGAAUGGACAACCUCCAGAUGUCAGCGGCCCCGAUGAAGACGACCCAUUUCCUGAGAUCCAGCUGGAGCCUGAGCAGCUGGAGCCCUCGGUGCUGGAGGAGGAGCCCGAGGGUGCGGUUGGCGGGACAGACAACGUGCCCCCUGACGCAGAGGUGGCCCUGGAGAUGGCGGCAGGUCUGGACUUAGAUGAUAUUUUGGAGCCAGACGUCUUCUCCGAAGUGGACGAGGCUCCUUUCACAGAGGCUGUGUCCCAUAAUGCUGUGUCAGUGGGGGGAGAAGUGCAUGAGGAAGGAAGGGGGGCUGGCGAGGACUCAGAGAUUGACACUUGCUCCAUGGCAACAGCCCCGCAGACGGCCUUUUCAUCAUCAGAGAGCUGUCCAAUCACACUGACUACUGCGGUGGAAGCGGAGGAGGGAGCGGAGACAGCAAUAGAUCCAGGGGGAGAUGUAGUUUCCGGCACCCCACCAACCAAUCAGGCUGUAGACGAUGAAGGGGGCGGGCAGGUUGCUGUCACUGAGGCUGAAGGAGAAGCUGCCCCAGCCAGCGAGCAUGCAGAGGUGGAAGAUAUCAGUGUGAGGAGGCUGAGUCUGCAGGCUGCCGGGGGCGUGGCGGCAGAACCGGAAGGGGAGGAGACAAAACCACCUGAGGGGGCGGGCUCUGUGGAUUCUGAGCAAGUCACCACAGAAACAGAUGGAGAGGAAGGUUCUCAUGUCAACGGCCAUCCUGUACGUUCGCUUCCUUCUGUGCGCCAUGACAUCCACCGAUACCAGCGUGUGGACGAGCCUCUGCCUCCCAACUGGGAGGCUCGGAUCGACAGCCACGGGAGGAUCUUCUUCGUGGACCACGUGAACAGAACCACCACGUGGCAGCGUCCCACCGGACCUCCUGCCCCGCAGGGCCUGACCCGCUCCAACUCCAUUCAGCAGAUGGAGCAACUCAACCGCAGGUACCAGAGCAUCAGGAGGACCAUAACCAACAGCGAUCGGGCAGAGGAAGCCCCGGUUGACCUGCUUCCUGAACCAGAAAGUGAACUGAUGCCUCACUCCAUUUCAGAAUACCGACGAGACAGUGCAGUCGCUCACUCCAGCGGGCGCUCGCGUCUCUCGCUGCUGCUCCAGUCACCCAGCGCCAAGUUCCUGUGCAGCCCCGACUUCUUCACCGUGCUGCAUUCUAACCCUAGUGCCUACCGCAUGUUUACGAGCAACACCUGCCUGAAGCACAUGAUCAGUAAGGUGCGUCGGGACGCUCAUUACUUUGAGCGCUACCAGCACAACCGCGACCUCGUCACCUUCCUCAACAUGUUCUCCAACAAGCAGCUGGAGCUUCCCCGGGGCUGGGAGAUGAAGCACGACCAUACUGGGAAGCCCUUCUUUGUGGAUCACAACUGUCGGUCCACGACCUUCAUCGACCCACGGCUUCCCCUCCAGAGUUCUCGCUCCACCGGGCUGCUGGCCCACCGCCAGCACCUGAGCCGCCAGCGCAGCCACAGUGCCGGGGAGGUAGUGGACGACUCACGCCAAACCAACCCGCCCGUCAUGCCCCGCCCCUCCAGCACCUUCAGCGGCUCCAGUCGAAGUCAGUACCAAGAUGUGGUGCCUGUGGCCUACAAUGACAAGAUAGUGGCGUUUCUACGGCAACCCAACAUCGUUGAGAUCCUGCAGGAAAGGCAACCCGAGCUCGCCAGGAACCACUCGCUCAAGGAGAAGGUGCAGUUUAUUCGCAGUGAGGGAGUCAGUGGGCUGGCUCGUCUCUCCAGCGACGCUGACCUCGUCAUGCUGCUGAGCUUAUUUGAGGAGGAGGUGAUGUCAUACGUGCCGCCGUUACUCCACCCGAAUUACUGCCUCUCCUCUCCGCAGAGCUCCCCCGGCACCCAGCGAGCCAACGCCCGCGCUCCGGCUCCCUACAAGCGAGAUUUUGAGGCUAAACUGAGGAACUUCUAUCGAAAGCUGGAGAGCAAGGGUUACGGACAGGGGCCAGGAAAAGUCAAGCUCAUCAUACGCAGGGACCACCUCCUGGAGGACGCCUUUAACCAGAUCAUGUGUUACUCCCGUAAAGACCUACAGAGGAGUAAACUUUACGUCAGCUUUGUGGGCGAGGACGGGCUGGACUACAGCGGACCCUCCAGAGAGUUUUUCUUCCUGGUAUCCAGAGAGCUGUUUAACCCGUACUACGGCCUGUUUGAAUAUUCAGCCAAUGACACGUACACGGUCCAGAUCAGCCCCAUGUCGGCCUUUGUAGACAACCACCACGAAUGGUUUCGCUUCAGUGGGCGUAUCCUAGGCCUGGCUCUCGUCCAUCAGUACCUGCUGGAUGCCUUCUUUACACGACCCUUCUACAAGGGGCUUCUUCGCAUCCCAUGUGACCUGAGCGACCUGGAGUUCCUGGACGAGGAGUUCCACCAGAGCCUGCAAUGGAUGAAGGACAACGACAUCGAAGACAUGCUGGACCUCACCUUCACCGUCAAUGAGGAGGUCUUCGGACAGAUUACAGAGAGAGAGCUGAAGCCAGGCGGGGCUGGUAUCCCUGUGUCAGAGAAGAACAAAAAGGAGUACAUUGAGCGCAUGGUCAAGUGGCGUAUAGAAAGAGGAGUGGCCCAGCAGACGGAGAGCCUGGUCCGAGGUUUCUAUGAGGUGGUGGAUGUGCGACUGGUGUCUGUGUUUGACGCCAGGGAGCUGGAGCUUGUGAUUGCAGGCACUGCGGAGAUCGACCUGGCAGACUGGAGGAACAACACGGAGUACAGAGGAGGUUACCAUGACAACCACAUAGUGAUUCGCUGGUUCUGGGCUGCUGUGGAGAGGUUCAACAAUGAGCAGAGGCUGAGGCUGCUGCAGUUCGUGACAGGCACCUCCAGUAUUCCCUACGAGGGAUUUGCCUCUCUACGGGGCAGUAACGGACCCCGCAGGUUCUGUGUGGAGAAAUGGGGGAAAAUCACCUCCUUACCCAGGGCUCACACUUGCUUUAAUCGUCUGGACCUCCCACCUUACCCCUCCUUCUCCAUGCUGUACGAGAAGCUGGUUACUGCUGUAGAGGAAACGAGCACGUUCGGGUUGGAGUAGCCUCAUAUCAGCUCACACCCAGGUUUCACUUGGGCGAGCGAAGCAUCUGGAAAUCCACCUUUCCCACCAUAGGACAGACAUGGAAAAUAAAACUAAUAUCCUCAAAAGGCAACUAACCCCCCACCCCCCUCUCCUGUGGAUAACUGCUGUUUUUUCUGACUGGCUUUUCGUCACUCAGCACGCAGGCUUCGCUCCGAUUCUCUGCCUUUCUCUCACGUAUCUAGUGGAAGCGGAUCGAGCGAUCACCUUCUGGAGGAAAGGCGGGGAAUCGGAGGAUGGUUGGAAAAGCUGUAUCGUACUAUUUCUUGUUUUCAUGGUUUGUUCACUGAGCCACAUGUGUGCUUUAUCUCUUCAGUUAAUGGCCUUGUUUAAUGGAUUUUUAGCACCUCCCUUAAUCCUCCUCCACCACUUCCUUUCCUCUUCCUCUAACCUGCACCUCAGAGACAGCUGCUCAAAAACCACUAAGCUCCCUUCUCCCUCUCUGGACCUCUAAACUGUGUCCUUUUCUGCACUGGGGGUGCAACGUUAUGAACUAUAGUACACACACACACACACACACACAUUUCACCUUUGCACAAAACACACACAAACAUUUUUGUUUUUAUUGAUGGUGCAAACCAGUGUGUCCCCCAAGAUUUUUUUUUAUCAGCAUGGAAAGAUGUGACAUUUUAGACUUACAGCUGGAUGUUGGCUGGUCCUCCUUGCCUGUCUGAGAGCAGGGGAUACACUAGUGUGCACACAUACACACUCAAACAGAUAAACGUACACACAAAUUACAUAAAACCAGUUGUUUCAGGACUGAAAGUACACUUGUUUUCACAGUUUUGAUUCCUGAAUAAGCUGGACAGUGAGUCACAAAUCAUCAGUGACAUUCACGGACAGUGUCAUAGACCCAUUGUGAUAAUGACGGCAGGUGCUGGUCAGGACUGUUAGCCUCAAUACUGCGACAUCGGAGCUCUUACACAGGCACGAAAGGUAAAGACACAUCUGAGACACGCAGCCCUUGCAUAUACUCAACAUGGACACCCAGUAUCACACACACAGACACGUAUUACAGCAUUAGCCUCGAUGCUGUGGGUGCACUUCCUUCUGAUGCACUCACUCCAGACUACAGACAUAUUUACUGACACACUUCAGUGAAACAGAAGUGCAGGGUUCCUGUCUUUCAAACACACAUUUAUCCCGAGCAAUACAUGCAUUUUCAGAUGACGUCCGCUCAUCAGUAUGACACAGAACGUCCUCCUCACAGAUGAUAUCGCCUCCCACCCUUUGAAAGUGAUGAAUGUACCAAAUAAGUGACUGAAUGUAUGAACCUCAAGCAACUCUGUUCGGCCCCCUGAGGAAGAUUUCCAGCAGGCUGAAGAGGAAAACGCGGAAGAUGGAAGUGGAGGGAAAGGAAAUCAAACGUGACACGGUUGCUUGAGGAAUGGGGACGCGCUUCACUCGAUGUGGACACCGGAUUUAGGCCUUGUUAGCUGACAGACACGAGCCUGGUGUCGCCCAGGUGCCUGGUCAGGCUGCAGUGGUGGGAUCUUUUUAGUGCCUCUUGGGUUUUUCCUGACCAUAAAGUGAAAUGUUAUAAGGGAAGCUGUUUUAUUUCCUUGUAAAAAAAACUAAUUGACCAGAUCCACGUGUCUCACAAAUCAAAGAUGGUGAAAGUUAAGUGGCUGAGGUUAGACACAGAUAUCAACACAAGGGGGCAGUAAGGUGUGCUGUCAUUACUAUGACAAGUUCAAAAGCAAAGAACCAGUGAUUUUCUCCUUCCUGAAUGACCUGACCUAGUGAGAUUAUGAUGUUGUCAGGAACAAGCACCGGCCUUUAGGGCUGUAUGGGUAUUGUAUUUUAGAACUUUUGGCAUACACGUCCAUGCCAGACAAUAGUUUUGUCUUGAAAGCAUGUGAUAAAACAUUUCUCUUAACUCUGUAAGUGCACGACCCAAACCCUGAGGACCCUUUCACUAAGUCUCUCACACACUUUCUUACAUGCACACACACACACACACACACACACAGACAAACACACAAACAUACUCGUUUUCUAUGGGGUGCAUGCAAGAUUACACCUACUGUACAGAGUCCUGUUGGAGCUAGACCACAGGGGCUGGAAUAGUGCUAGAGAGCCCCACAUGUGAUGCAAGAUGUGGAGGCAGACUUUCGUAUCUCAGCCCCCCCUCCCCCCUCCCAGUUCCAAUACUGCAUGCGGGAUCUUCCCGGUCAGCUCUGUGAGCUGUGCUGGGGCAGAAACCCCUAGAUGGCGUUGUGUUAUAGCUCGAUAUUGCAUGCUGAAAUAGUGCAACACACUGUCCUUACUAGCUUUUUUUGCAUGAGGAUAUUGCUAUCCAUUCAGAAAAAGGGGUGAGGGAGCUGGUUAAGUUGUGUCACUUUGGUUGUGGCGCUCACUUGAGGCAUGCGGCCUUAUGCUUACCUGGCACUGUCAUACCUUGAGUGUUAAGCUCAUGGGAACAGGGUGUAGGAAAUAGGUGCUUUAGUCACUUAGUUUUAGCUCUGGGAAUGGACAACGUGUGAAUGCAAUAGUUUGUUUUCUCUAUGACAGUGUAUUGGCGAGUAUCUCGGCAGCAUGUUUCAAAAAUGUUGUUACUUUCACAUGUGCGUGUCUGCCUAUCUUAGUAAUAGGUCGAAGGUUAUGGUUCAUUGCUCAUGAAUCAGUGAUGAAUCAAUAGGGCUGUUUUGAUUUUGUGAAACGUGAGAGCACAUGUUUGUGUAUCAUGUGUGCGGUCCUGUUUGUCUCUUUGUAUAUAAAUGUAUAUGUAUGUCUGUCCUGUUGUGUGUAUAAAUAUAUAUUUUGCACCGAAUGUACCAAAGGUUUGGGGCUUGCAAAGUCAACCAUUAGGCCUGCUUUCUCUAUUUCAGUCCAACAAACACGUCCCACUUCUGGCUUCUGCCAAAUUCCUACAGAGCAUCACCUCAUGUUUGCUUGAGGGGCAGAUUCGUGGCAUGAGCAACAACGCUUCACGUUAGGAUAUACAUUCACAUUUUCCAUAACGAGGCUUUUCUGCUGCAGAAGACUGGUAAGAUCUAUUACUUGCUUCACAUCCAAAUGAAUACAGUUGCACCUCUCGUCUUUCCUAGUACAUCUUCUGACAGGACCCGGCUCCGGUUUUCAGAAUUCCACUCUAUGCAAAGCUCCUGUAUGUGUGUCUCCAUUUCACCCCAAUGAUUGUAAUAAAAGAGAACAAAUGACAAAUUUUGAUUAAUGAUACAUGACCUUUAUUUAUCUUUUACAAGAGUUUUGAACCAGUUCAACUAGUAGAUAACAACAUGUAUUAUCUUUAUAGUAGCCUACGAUAUAAAAAUCAGUUCAUCAUGAAGUACCUCGCCUUGAUUAAACACUCCAAAGUCCUGACCUUCUGCAACCAAAUA